AGAGAGAGAGAGAGAGAGAGAGAGAGAGAGUCAUGGAUAGAGGUAGCCCGACCAUAGACACAUAGUAGUGGUGUAGCUACAUUGGCAGCGACAACUAUGAGAGGAGAUAAGUUUGCAGGUUAAGCUAGGCUGGUUGGCAGCCGUUGUGGCAUUCUGGGAGAAAAAACGAAAAACCGUUGGACGUCGAGAGGUCGCGGGUCCGUGUUACUGGUAAAAUAACUGGUGGAGACACACGGCUCGGGGACAGCGCGCAGCCGCGGCAGCAGCAGCAGGAGCAGGGCGAGUGUCUGAGUGCUCUGGCGGCGGUCCCGCUGCUAGCGAAACAUGAACAAAAACCACCGAGUGCCGAGCAACCGUUCUCUGAGUGCCGUGGAGGUGAAGAGCAAGUUUGGUGCCGAGUUUCGUCGGUUCUCGCUGGAUCGGUCGAAGCCCGGCCGCUUUGAUGAGUUCUACGGCCUCCUGCAGCACGUGCAUCGCAUCCCCAAUGUGGAGUUGUUGGUGGGAUAUGCUGACGUACAUGGUGACCUGCUGCCCAUCAACAAUGAUGAUAACUACCACAAAGCCAUCUCCACUGCCAGCCCUCUACUCAGACUGUUCCUGCAGAGGAAAGAGGAAGCUGAUUACACGUUUGGUACCAACUCGCUGACCAGGAAGAAAAACACGGUGCUUUCGGCCGUUCUUCUGCGGCCUGACCCCAACAGGAAGAAACCACCAGUGAUCAUUAGCCUUCCGAGGGACUUCCGCCCCGUCUCCUCCAUCAUCGAUGUGGACAUCCUCCCUGAGACGCACCGACGUGUUCGUCUGUACAAGCACGGCCAGGAAAAGCCGUUGGGCUUCUACAUCCGCGAUGGCUCCAGCGUACGGGUCACUCCACAGGGCCUGGAGAAGGUUCCGGGGAUAUUCAUCUCUCGCAUGGUGCCUGGCGGGCUGGCGGAGAGCACCGGCCUGCUGGCAGUCAACGAUGAGGUGCUGGAGGUGAACGGUAUCGAGGUGGCUGGGAAGUCUUUGGACCAGGUGACGGACAUGAUGAUCGCCAACAGUCAUAACCUCAUCAUCACCGUGAAGCCUGCAAACCAGCGGAACAAUGUCGUUCGCAGCGGAGGAGGAGGCGCGGCGUCUGGGAGCUCAGGACGCUCGUCGGACAGUGGUGCCAGCUACUAUGGCUACUCAUCGCACGGGGGGGGCGGUGCCCCGGCCUCCAUGCCGUCGCACAUCAUCCAGAACUUCCCUGUCGGGGAGCUGGAGAGCGACGAGGACGACGAGGACCUGGUGAUCGAGGCAGGCGGCGAGGCUGAGCCCAUCAGACGCGCCCCGUCCAACUACAGCAUGCCCUCGCUGCCUCGCUACGAGCCACACCUCAACCUGCGCACUGGCGCCACCUCCACCUCCACCCUCUCCAUCAACGGCAAUGGAACCCUGCCAGCCAGCGGCAGCAGUGGGUCCCUAAGCAACGCCAUUUCGACCACGCCGUCCCUAGACAGAGCCAUUGAAAGGCGAAGUCUGGAGGAGGACGGCACUGUUAUAACUCUGUAGGCUGGGGAUUCACAAACUGAACACUGGAAACCAGAUGGUCAAACACUUCUACUCACACUUGUGGGAGUCGUGGAUCAGCUGAUCAAACUUGGGAACAUCCUGCAUCAUCAUAAUGAGAAGCACAAUGAAGCGUGUACAUAAUGAAUGGCAACAUGACACUGACAUGUAAAUGUUUGUGCAUUUACACAUCAAACACUGCACUCCAUACGUCUCUCCUGUACAUGCCAAUGACCACGGCUGUGUGCCAUAGCGGUGCCCCCCCCCCUUAGCCUUCACUUCAUUUGUAAAAACACUACAUGCACUUGUUUUUAACCGGGAAGCUGUUGUUACGCUGAGCUUCCACAAGAGGCCAGACAUGAGACACCCCAUCAUGAGUCCCAUAAGUAGAUGAAGGUAGAAGUCCUGUGAACAAGUUAAUCUCCCCCCCCCCCUCCAUAACAAACACACACUGAAGCAGGUGUUUAGCUCAAGCAUUUGUUGACAAUCUGUGGUUGUUUUUUUGCCUUGUCACCCCACCCCCCCGCACUCCACUAUGACCACCUCCCUUCCCUCAGGUGGCCGCAGCAUGCAGUUGAUAAACAGUUGUGGUACUUUCAACACAACGCAUUACCACAACAAUCAACCAAGUGCUGAGAUCUGCAAUAAUACUGUUGUUUUUAUUCAAGG